ACAUUUGCAUCAAUUUGACUGGCCUAAAUAAAAUCCAAUAUGGCAGCCUCCUGUCGACAAUUUUUGUGGCGCUCACUUCAGGUGAACCAUGCCCAAAAUUUCACCAAAUUAUCAGUUUUACCGAUGUUCAGUAACAGAAAUGGAUCAAGAAGACACAUGUGCUCUACUCAGUGGCUAACUGGAACUGGAAAUAAAAUUAACUCUCAGCUCGCGGUAAAGCGUAUCGGUCUUACCAGUGCCUCGCCGAUCUGUUUUUCAGCUGUGGGCGCAGUAUGUGCGUCAACAAUACGACUGUAUUCGAACAGCAUGCAUGAUGGACACGAUCGGGACGGAGAAAAUAAAGUGAAGCCAGUGUUUGUUGCCAUUCCGAAUCCGUUCAAAGUCAUAAGGAACAAAAUUUAUUUCUGGAUGAUAAGGACCUAUUUUGAUGCAGAUUUCAGGGCUGAAGACUUCAUUUCGGGAGCUAAGCAGGCUCUUUGCACAAUCUCAAACUGCAUUGCAGAAGGUAACUUUGACCAACUAGACGGUCUGCUCUCCAGAAAGCUUCUCGAUGAAGUGAAGGAAACUUGUCAGAGUCUGGCUCUCAGAGAUCGUACCAACAUUCAAGUCAACACGGACGACGUUUUGCAUGUCUUCCCUCAGAAUGUCGCCGUCCACUAUGAUGAGAGAGCAGGUGGGAAGUUCUUGAACAUUCUGAUGCGGUUUUGGUGUCACAGCAUGGCAAAUGAUGAGAGCGACAGGGGCGUGGUGGGGCUACGCAUUGGAAAGCCACCCCCAGGGGUGUCUGAAGAGGAAUUCCAGAACAUGGGAAGUGUUAUCAGCUGCACGUAUGAAUUUCACCGGGACUUUUCGGCUGGGGUCGACCCCAGCUGGGUAGUGACCUACAUUCAGCAUGGCAAGUGGCUGAACACCCAAGCAAGGUGGCUGCCUAAAGAAUGGUCCUGAUUGGAAUUGGUCCUAAUUUGGGAUGGGCUUGAUAUGAAUUGGGCUAGAUUCACGGACUUCAUAUGAAAAGAUCUGGGCACAUAAUCCCUGAACCCGCCCGCAGAGGUCAUUGAAGCCACCAGGUAGCCAUCUUACUGUGCCGAAUAAAAAUGUAACACCAGAGCUUACUCGCCGUUGUUAAUCAAAUUUGUUCCUGGUAUCAAUAUUUAGAAUGGCAAGUGAGUCAACCAUUGCCUUUGUGUUCAGCACAGUUAAAUGGCCGCCGAUGGCUUCCUUCGGUUCAAAAGCAUUGCGAGUCCAGAUUUUUUUUUGACGUCUGUGGUUUUGAUUUGGAAAGGGCCUGCUAAGAAAUUAGCUUAAUUGGGAAUAUAACUGACUUCGAAAUGGUCAUGAUUGGGCAUGAUCAUGAUUGGGAACCACCAACUGCAAUCAUUUGGAGCAAGUUGUAAUUGCAGCUUAUUUUCUGUGUCAGUUGGCUUGUUUCUUCACAGAACGAAAACAAAACUUGACACUGGGAACUGUGCUCCCUCUUAACCAAAGUUGAUUGUACCUUGGCAUUUAGUCUAACAAUAAUUGACUUUAGGGUCAUUUUCAAAGUCACGAAAGUAGUUACUCUUCAUUAUCAAUUGGGCACAAGAAUACUUUGAUGCAUUAUUCAAAGUAGUUAGUAUUUGGCCUGUGUCAAGCAAAGGUACCAUUUGUGAAUGAGUUCCCGGGAGAUAGGAAUUAUGUUGGCUCAACUUGUAACCUGCUUCUGUCCAACAAGUGCGUCUAAUCAUGCCAAGACAGAGUGAAAAGCAUAGCUCAGUACAUAGUUGCCAACGUGUUCAAAGCUUAUAUAUAACGGUUUCCCCUACUCAAUGUAUAUUAAUAAGCACUGUAUGCUCAGUGCUUGUCCGAGAGGGCAAACCGUUAUAUAUAAUUAACAUCUUCCCAACGCAAAAAAUACAUCUUGAAAAAAAGUGUUCAAAGCUCCUACCUCUUGGCGCAAUCACAUUGUUUGUAGAUUUGAGGGUGUUCAGAUGUACAUUGCACAAUAGAUACAUUUAUGUGCUCACUGCAUAAUCAGUUGUCUCUGAAGAGUUGAAUUCACAGUCCCACCACUUGAAAUAAACUGAACAUGGAUUGUCUUCUGCUGGUAACAUUAUAUUACUUUAGUAAAUGCAGCACUCUAGUUUUGUUGGAAAAAAAUUUAAAGCUGUUCUGGCAGGUCAGUAGUAAUGACAGCAACUUUUGGAAACUUUGUACUAUUGUUCUCCAAAUCAUCAAAUCAACAUCAAACAAGCGAUUGUCGGUCCACUUCUGGCAGUAAAACUUGCUGAAGAAUAGGCACCAUCUCAUUUUUGAACCUGGCGUGGCUCUUCUGGAAGUGUUAAAUAUUGCGGUUUUAAUUAAGUGUACUUUGUUUCACAGGUAAUUUUGAAAUUGUUACUAUAACAAUGGCCGCUUACUAGGUUUGAGUGUACUGCUGAAAUGUUUAAAUGGAACAGAAUACUCCAACUUGAUUUAAAACGAACUUUAAAAUUACAGCCGUUU